CGCGCGCCGCCCCUCCCUCAGGCGUUGCAGCAAGAUGGCGGACACAAUGAGGGGGAGCCGCCUCGCCGCCGCCUGAAGCGGCCCGGCCCGGCCUGGCCCGGCCCAGCACGGCAUAAUAAAACCUCAGGGCUCUGCCUGGCCCGGCUCGGCCCGGUAAGGCUCGAACCGGCCCGUAUCUCCUCAUCGUAACACCGCCGGGCCCGGCCCGGCCCGGCCUGGCCUGGCCCGGCCCGGCCCCGCCCGGCUCCCCCUGAGCGCCGCCGCCCUCAGCGCGAUGAAGCUGACGGACAACGUGCUGCGGAGCUUCCGCGUGGCCAAGGUGUUCCGCGAGAAUUCCGACAAGAUCAACUGCUUCGACUUCAGCCCCAACGGCGAGACCGUCAUCUCCAGCAGCGACGACGACUCCAUCGUGCUCUACGACUGCCAGGAGGGAAAACCAAAGAGAACGUUGUACAGUAAGAAGUAUGGGGUGGACCUCAUCAGAUACACGCAUGCAGCCAACACUGUCGUGUACAGCUCCAACAAAAUAGAUGAUACAAUCCGAUACCUCUCGCUGCAUGACAACAAAUACAUUCGGUAUUUCCCGGGACAUACCAAAAGAGUGGUCGCCCUUUCAAUGUCUCCAGUGGAUGAUACUUUUAUUUCUGGGUCCCUUGAUAAAACUAUUCGCCUUUGGGAUCUCCGCUCUCCAAAUUGCCAGGGUUUAAUGCACCUUCAGGGGAAACCUGUGUGUUCUUUUGACCCAGAAGGCUUGAUUUUUGCUGCUGGUGUCAAUUCAGAAAUGGUGAAGCUUUAUGAUCUCCGCUCUUUUGACAAGGGGCCGUUUGCUACGUUUAAGAUGCAGUAUGACCGAACGUGUGAGUGGACAGGCCUGAAGUUCAGUAACGAUGGCAAACUCAUCCUUAUAUCAACGAAUGGAGGCUUCAUUCGACUGAUUGAUGCCUUUAAAGGAGCUGUCCUGCACACAUUUGGGGGAUACAACAAUAGUAAGGCUGUCACACUGGAGGCGUCAUUCACACCAGACUCUCAGUUCAUCAUGAUAGGGUCAGAGGAUGGAAAGAUCCACGUAUGGAACGGGGAAAGCGGGAUGAAAGUGGCUGUGCUGGAUGGGAAACACACAGGUCCUAUAACCUGUCUGCAGUUCAACCCCAAAUUCAUGACUUUUGCUAGUGCAUGUUCAAAUAUGGCCUUUUGGUUGCCAACUAUUGAUGACUAAUUCCUACACUGCGGCUACUGUCAGAUGACUUUCCAUACUGCUAACAGCAGCAUAUUCUUGCAAGGAUAGUAUUGGAAUUGCCUACAUCUCCUAGACUGUGUUCCCAUUCCUAUGUAUGUUUCCGUAUGUCUUACAUUAUUGGCUGCAUUCCUUUCCAAGGACUCCUCCACUUGACCUCCUAGUGUGCUCGGGAGUACCACCAAAUGCUUUCUUACCUUCCAGUCCAUGCCCAGCAGGCUUCAGCUGAAGUUGGAACUGGCACAGUAUUAUUUUUGAGAGCAGUGGAGACUACUGUAUUUACAAAAUGCUUGUGGCAGUUUUUAAGCUGUAAUUGUUCGUUCUUCUGUAAGUGCACAAGGCAAUUGAUGUUCCGAGGUGGAUUGUGCAGUUACUUCCCCUAAGUGCAAGUUUUUUACAUCUGGGAUCUCAGUUUCACUGCAACCCACAGAUGGAAAGUUACUUCUGUGCCAAAUGUGAACACGAACACUGACGAUUUUCAACUCAAAUAGCAGAUGCUGAAGCCUCUUGCAGUUGAACACAUGCUGAGAGUGGGUGACUAAAUUUACAUCAUACAUCCUAUCAUCCUUUUUUGGCGACUUAGCGUGCAACAAACCAUGCAGUUUUUUUUUCCACUGCCGGAGCUUGAAGAAGCCUCCCUGCUGUUUGCUGUGCCAGCAUCCCGAAGGGCGCACACAAUACUGAUGAGGUCUGGUCAGUGUCCCAAGCAAUAAAGGAGUCUGUCAGCAGGAAGAUGGAGAAACCAAACUGAGACUGAAAGCACAGUCUGCCUGUGCAUCUUCCUUAUGUAUCAUCUUGGCUGAUCUUGUAAAUAAUGUGGGGGGAGGGCAGUGGGAAUGGGCCAUAUUUUUUUACUUUUAGAUAUUAAAGAACUUGAUGUGGGCCAGUAUUGUGGGGUGUCUAGGCUGUUUACCUUACCUACCUACCAAUGCAAUUUUCCCCUCCUGGUUUGUAAAUAAGCUCCGUUAAAUUAAGCCCUGACUCUGGGCUUAGACCUGUAUCCCUUUGACGCCAACAGCAUGCGGUUAGUUCAUUAUGCAUUUUGUUAACAGGGUUUGCAGGUUUUCAGCCCCAAAAGAGCAAUGCCUCCUUUGUUAGAUGGGGUUGCUUUUAAAAGAAAUCUAACACAGUUGUGGUGGCUUCUCUCUGCUGUGGCCCUGCGCCAAGGGAGAUGGGAGGGAUGCACUCUCCUGCUCCAGAGGGGCUCAGUGGCAAGUGGUACAGAAAUGUUGGCAAGCCAGUCUUCAGGCCUGGUUCCAGGUUCUUUCUCCUCAAAUACUGCUGAUUAGAUGCAUCCAACGGUAGGCCACGAGAGGCUCAGCAAUGUGGCAUUCAUUAUUCAUUGUAUUCUUACCUUUCUCAGUGUUCUUGGUUUUAUAUCCUGGGUCACAGCUUGGGAAGUCCAUUCUUUCCCUCGCUGUCACACGUACGUGACCACUCCCAAAUGCAAAAUGCUGGCAAGGUGGCAAACAGUAAUGGGCAUGUUCUCCGUGCCCUCAAGCUUCAGUCCGUACAGGAAAACAGUGCUUGAGCAUUUUGCCUUAGGUCAGCUGUCUGCGUCUUCCGUAUUACACCAAUGUUCAUCUCAGCUGUGAGGCCCUGUAUAUAAUUCAGAACAUCUCUCUCCGCAAGUAAAUUGGCUUAUAGAACAGCUUCUGUUUUGCUUUUCCUUGCCCUCUUUCCAUUUUUUUUUUGUUUGUUUGUUUGUUUUUCAGCCCUUGUCAAGUGGAAAUGUGCUGCGCUAAGAGCUGGGGAUUUGGAACCAGUGUUCUCCACUGUCAGUUCCUUUAAAGCAGCAGUACACACCGAGCUGCAGUGUCUGCCUGGGACAGUUGUCAGAAAGACUGCUGUGCACGAGGCUGCCUGAUAAACUUGAUGUUUGAAUCGAUGCUGUGGUUGGUUUCUGCUAAGGCUCUGUGGCUUGCCUACCCUAAUGCUCUUGCACAUAUUUAGAGCCAUUUCCAAUGGCAUCACCUGUGAUGUGUCCUUCCCACAGAGUGGAGGACUGAAGGGAGCAAUGGAACAGUGCUUGUGAUCUCACCAAGAUAUUCGGCUGUUAGAGUUGCAGAUGAGAGAGAUUCAUGAUGCCACACCAGCAUCCCUCUUCCCAGCAUGUACUGUCCCACCAGCACCUAUAAAUGCCCAGGGCGAAGGGAGAUGGGUAUCUCAGUCCUCACAGCUGACAAGGUUUCCACAGCCACCUCUUAAGCUCAGUGUUGUUGCACUUCAGGCUGCUUGGUGCUAUUUUACCAUUGUCAGUGUUCCUGUAAGCAGCCGUGUUUUGCAGUGGUUUGUAACAUACAGCUCUUUGGGGUUUGUAGUGCAUUUUAACAGUUUGACUUUCUGUAGCAAAUGUUCUUUCAGGGUUUUAAAGUCUGAUGCCUGAAGAAGUGAAUGGAUACCCCCCCAGAUGUUUUUUCCUGUUAUUUUUAACAGGGAAGCAUUUGGAAAUCUGUUACUCUAAAAAUGUUCUUUGCUGAUGUGGUUUGAGUGCUUGUCUAAGAAACGUUCAGUUCUCUUCUGCUUGCAGUGUUGUAAACUGUGUGCAUUGCGGCAUGAAAUCUUUUAAAAAGAGGACCAAAGGACCAAUCUAGAAGGACAUACAGAUUAAGAAUAUCAGUAGCAUUCUGGAGUGAUGAUAAAUUCAUGGGUUUAUGCACAACACCGCACUAUAAUGCUCAGUUCAAAGUUAAAACUGAAUGCUUUCCCGAGGCCUGCUGCCACCCACACAGAGGUAAAGACAUCUUUAUUAGUUGAUGUAGCAGUGAGUGUUUUCCAUUUGCCUUUAAAAGAGGGAAAUGUGCCAAGGAGUAUCAACUUCAGUAUUGACCAUUUCUAGACUAGGUGAAUAAAGGUUUUGGCUUCCAGCUUCUACAUGCUUCUCUAAAAGUACCAGGACUGUGCUUCCCGUGCUCUUCCUGGCACCCAGCUAAUGAGAAACAUACCUCAUUAACAACAGCACUCCUGAAUGCAGCGGUGUCCACACUUCUGUAAAACCAAGCAGGAAACAGCAUUCUGUGCCCUACCAACCAAAUUUGAGAUCUUUAAGAGGAACCCUCUGUUUUUGGGGAUGUAAUAAAAAUGAGGGGGAAGCGAGACUCAACAGCCCACCCCUGAACGAGUGAUGUUGGCUGAGCUCAUCUGCGUGGGCUGUAGGAGACUGUUAGUCUUUCUGACUUCUUGAGGCUCACACAUCCUUGGUUAAUGUCCCAGCUACUGCUCUGGAGGACAUGGAAGCACUUGAGUGAACAAAUUUGGAAGCAGCAGUGUGUCUUUCCCAGUGCUGCUUCUGACUAUAUUUGCACUUUAAGAGUCUCCUGUUGAGAAGAAGCUGGUCUCUUUGGUUACGAGCUGGUAUUGUAAAUUUUACUGCUAGGUGGUAUCUGCAGAUGAGUGUAAAUACAUGAAGUCAAAUUAUUCUUUGUCACAAAAUAUUACAUAUGUGGAAAAUUCAAUAUUGUGGCUGUUACCAAUAAAUAUUUUGUAGACAGA